CAAACGCAAGCGAAAGACAUGGGCGUCGAUCUAAACACUAGCGCAGCGACGAUGAAGCAACGGGCGGUGGCGCAGCUGACAACUGCUGCUAAUGGUGUUGGUGAACCUCCGGUGAAGCCGUCGCCGCCAAGUUCGUCUAUUGCUUCCAUCGUAGCAGGAGACGCGUCCCUGUCGAUGGCUACGGCUGGUAUUUGCACUCUGGUGGUGUCGGGUGCUGUGUCCAUUGCGAUGGUAGCACUGGACGACAACUUGACAUCGGUGUCUGAGCUUCGACUGUUCUCGCCCUCCAUGGUGACGGGGUCCGUCCUCUUUUCAGUUGGUGUGCUCAAUGGCAUGCUGAGAUACUCGAACAGGAAGGCCAACGCUGCGCCUGGAGAGGUCGUGCUUCCACCUGGCCACCCUCCUAUUUCACCCGAAAAGCUAGCAGAAAUGGUAGAACUGGACGAGAAUGGUAACCCAAAGAAGCGCAUCAGUCGCUGUCCACUGGGGUUCUAGCUGA